CCACCUCACUCACUCUCCUUUGCCUCACACAGACGCUUGGCAAGCACAGCCCGCGGCGGCGGCGGCGGCGGCGGCAGCAGCAGCAGCAGAAGUCACCCUCCUCACCCGCUCCUCACCCUAAACGCGAAACUGUCCUCCAGAGCGAGCGGCGCUUCUAGGCUGCGCUUGGAGUGGGUCGGGGGUUACCGGUUUGUUUUGUUGUUCUUUUUCAACCAGCGCGGGCUGUUGAGCUUUUAAAGAAUAAAACGAUGUGAGCAACGCUGGUUGGUUCACGUGAAGGGAGUACCUAACCCCGGGUGGAUGCUGCAAAGCCGUUCGCUUUUUCUCAAGUGUUCGCGGGUCACUGAAAAUAAAUAACCCAGUGAUGAGUGAUUUAAAAAAGAUCCCUGAAUUGGUGAAAGACAAUUCAGAAGGAAAGAAAAUAAAUUUGGAGGAAGGAUGUGUGGCAGAAAUUUUGACAGCUUACUCUGAAGGAGGAAAUCCUGGAAAAAUUGCUGAGCAUUAAAGGAUGACUUUAUCAAGCUAUCUGACAUAAUUAUAAUGUGUAAAAAUCCCAAGUCAGUUCAGAUGUUGCUGCUUCAUCCUUUCGCAGGUCUAUGGAAAUGCAGGAUUUAGCCAGUCCACAUAGCCGUCUGAGUGCUGGCAGUGAGUCCCCUAAUGGUCCAAAACUUGAUAAUUCUCACCUAAAUAAUAAUUCCAUGACACCCAAUGGCACAGAAGGUGACAUGACUCUGCUCAGCACUGCAGACUGGUUGUUAAAUGUUAAUACACAGACCACUGCAGCAAUUGGGAGCAGUGGCUUCAGUCCAAGACAAACUCACACGUUUUCCCCUCCUCAGAUAUAUCCUUCCAACAGACCAUACCCACAUAUUCUCCCUACCCCUUCUUCACAAACUAUGGCUGCAUAUGGGCAGACACAGUUUACCACCGGAAUGCAGCAAGCUUCUGCUUAUUCAACAUACCCACAGCCUGGUCAACACUAUGGAAUCCCAUCAUAUGGUGCAUUGUGGGCAGGCAUCAAGACAGAAGGUGGAUUGACGCAAACACAGUCACCUGGUCAGACAGGCUUUCUGAGCUACAGUGCAAGCUUUAGCACUCCUCAACCAGGACAGGCUCCAUAUAGUUACCAGAUGCAAGGAAGCGGUUUCACAACAUCGUCUGGAAUAUAUGCUGGAAAUAAUUCGCUUACAAAUUCUACUGGAUUCAAUGGUUCGCAGCAGGAAUAUCCAUCUUAUCCCACCUUUGGCCAGGGUCAGUACGCACAGUAUUAUAAUAGUUCUCCAUAUCCCCCACAUUAUAUGACAAGCAGCAACACCAGCCCAACAACUCCUUCCUCCAAUGCAACUUACCAACUUCAAGAACCACCAACUGGCAUCACAAAUCAAGCUAUAACAGAUCCUACAGCAGCAGAGUACAGUACAAUUCCUACAACACCAGUUAAAGAUUCAGAGGCAGAUAGGUUGCGUCGCAGCUCGGAUGGCAAAUCACGUGGUCGAGGCAGAAGGAAUAACAAUCCUUCACCACCACCUGACUCUGACCUUGAGAGAGUUUUCAUUUGGGAUUUGGAUGAGACAAUCAUCAUUUUCCAUUCACUUCUCACAGGAUCGUAUGCUAAUAGAUAUGGGAGAGAUCCCCCUACUUCUGUUUCACUGGGACUAAGGAUGGAGGAGAUGAUUUUCAACUUGGCAGAUACGCAUCUGUUCUUUAAUGAUUUAGAAGAAUGUGACCAAGUUCAUAUUGAUGAUGUUUCAUCAGAUGAUAAUGGCCAGGAUUUAAGCACCUAUAACUUCGGGACAGAUGGGUUCCCUGCAGCAGCUACCAGUGCUAAUCUAUGCUUAGCAACAGGGGUGCGUGGAGGAGUGGAUUGGAUGAGAAAGCUAGCUUUCCGAUACAGACGAGUAAAAGAAAUCUAUAACACCUAUAAAAAUAAUGUUGGAGGUCUUCUGGGCCCAGCAAAGAGGGAAGCUUGGUUGCAGCUUAGAGCAGAAAUUGAAGCCCUUACAGAUUCGUGGUUAACACUUGCACUGAAAGCACUCACACUAAUUCACUCUAGGACAAAUUGUGUCAAUAUUUUAGUAACGACUACUCAGCUCAUCCCAGCUCUUGCCAAAGUCUUGCUGUAUGGUUUGGGUGUGGUAUUUCCAAUAGAAAAUAUUUACAGUGCAACAAAAAUAGGAAAAGAAAGCUGUUUUGAGCGCAUAAUUCAAAGAUUUGGAAGAAAAGUAGUUUACGUUGUCAUAGGAGAUGGUGUGGAGGAAGAACAAGGAUCAAAGAAGCAUGCCAUGCCAUUCUGGAGGAUCUCAAGUCACUCUGACCUUAUGGCGCUUCAUCAUGCCUUGGAACUGGAAUACUUAUAGUAGCACUUUGUAACUUCGGAACCUCCCUCACAUCCGUGGACGAUGUUCCUGAGUCUUGUUUUAGCACUGGCCUACAGAAUUUUGUGAUUUCAUCAUGUUGAUGUGCAGCUGCAGAUGGUCUUAACCCUUGUCCUUUCAAUAAAUGGAGGAGCACAUCUUUUUCUUCAGAAACAGCUGUUCAUUCUAGUACUGUGAAUUCAAUGAGAACAAGCCAUGAUGAGAAUGUUUUAGCAAUGUCUUCACUACAUUUAAAUGUCCAUACCUGUGAAGAGGCUGGGAAGUGCUUUGUGAUUUCUAGAAUCUCCAGUGUGGUAUGAACACAUCUUAAAAACAGCAGACCUGAUUGCACAACUAAGACUGAACUUUAAAAAAAAUGGACACAUUUUUAAAGGUUUACUUUUUUUCUUGCUUUUUCCUCAGAUCCAGGGUACUCUGUAAAUCUUUACUUAUUUAUGAACAGAUUCUGUUUUGACAUCAUUUAAAUGUGGAUAUGUACAAUAUGUGGGAAGGCUAUAACUUGUCAUUGCCUUCUUUUCACAAAAAGAUUUUGGUUUUAGCACAUUGCAAAGUAGAAGUAUUUCUAAUUUAAGCAAAUAAGUACAUCACUGAGACAAUCGUGUAUAGGAAGAAUGUUUUUGUGUAAAUUUCUAAUGGACGAUGUUUUACAUAUUGUUUAGGCAAAUAUUAUUGAAUAGUAGUAAUGGAUUUUUGGUGAAGAAUGAGGCAGUAUGUGCACAAACUAUUGUGCUGUGCCUUAUAAAAGAAUUGUGUAUAAUGUGUAAAUUGAAAUUUUUAAGAUCAGUUUGUCAAGACCAAAACCAUGGUUGUCAAGUGUCAAUGAGGAAUUACUUUUUAUUCAUUCUUUUAGUUUUUUUCUUUGCAAAUCUAUUAUAUCACAAUAUCAACUCCCUAAUUUUACCUUGCCUAUAAUAGGCUAUCCUCUCAUUUAUACUUUGUACUUGAAUGUAUAAGUUCAAGUGUAAAAUAUACUUCAUUCAAAUCAGAUGAGAAAAAAUUGCAUAGUUAAAUUGUUACUUUUCUUUUAAAGUACAUAUGGAAGCCUGAUUUGGCAUUGUUUAUGUGUACUUUGCCAAGAAAAGUAGCAGUUUACACAUGAACAUAUAUUCCUAACUGAUAUGAAGCAUGUGUAUUAGUACUGCUUGCAAACUAAGCAGUGUUCUGUUUCUUUAUUUAACUGGUUUGAAUCAUAAAUUGAACAACUCCUGUCCACGGAAGAAUGUUGAUACAACAGAAGACUCUUCCUAAUGGAUAAAAUCACUUUUAUUGAUUAUUUGUCCCCCAGGAAUUCACAGAAAUAUGUUGCAAAUACAUGAGAUAUGUUCCAGAACAGGAUUUUAGGAGAAAUGAGAUAGUGACAAAAAUUGCCUCUCCGUACUUCUAUUUUUACUUUCAGGAGCAAUAUUACUGGAAUUCUGCCAAUGAAAAAAUAUUUGCAUUCAAGUCAUUGUCUUCUCAUGCAAAUAUUGAAUGUGGAAUCUAUUCUUUUUGUCAGAAAUAUAGAUAACUUUUUAAAAAGAUAACCUUGUGUAAUGUAUCAUGAUUUAAUAAAGUAAAAAAUAUGUUUUUGCACUCAAAACCUAAACAUGAAAUGUACCACCCUAUCUUAAAAUAAAACAGAGAAUGCUUUUGGGGAUUCAGUCAAUACAUACUGAGUAUGAAAAUUAGUCUUGCUUUUUUAAAAAUAACCAAUUUGUUGCAAAAAAAAAAUUCACAUAGUUUAACAAGCAUUUUCUAUAGGUCUUGCCAGUACCAAAUUCAGUGAGCUUAAUUCGAAAGUAAGCAUGUCAACGAUUGCAAUUUAAGUCUCAUUAAUACCUGCUAUAGAAAAGGCCAGGCACAGUAGGAGUUAAGAUUUUUAAUAUGGGUAAUUCAGAAUCAGAAAUCCCGAAUCUCUUCUAACUCUACAUGAGAGCAAAUUAUGUCCCUAACCACAUGGUGUUUACUUAAAAUAAGCUAUAGCAUAGAUUGGAAAAAUGGCAAUGCAUAUUUCUUUAAGCAUUAAAAUGCAUAAAACCUGCAAGCAUUUUGAAAUGAUUUUGUUUGUAAACCCACACUUUGAAGUGAAAUUAAGAAUGGCAAAUGUCUGGUAGAUCCUUAAUUUUGACCGUUUCACCCUAACAAUCAGAUUUUUGUAUUGGUCUAUUGCUGGCAAUGGACACAGUAAAAUUGUUAUUGCCAAUUUUGUUUUUAUUGUUUGUAGUUGUUUAAUUAAUUCUACCCUUUCUUAAUAACCUGCAACAAUCCUGACAGUUUUAUUUUGAGUGACCUAUAUAAACCAGUGUGGCUUUCUUGGCCAGAGUUAAUAAUAAAUGCAUCUUGUAUCUUCCUCAAAAAAUUAUUUCCUACUAUAUUAUACCAACAUCGGUGUGUUUUUUUAUUCAGGCUUAAAUCAUAUUUAAUCAGAAUUCUUAACUGUUAAUAAAAGGGAAGGAAGAAUUGGCACAGGUUGAGAAAGUAUAUGUAAUAUCCUGUAAGCAUCCAUGUUUAUAACCAUGGCUAAACAAAGCCUUUAUUACACCAAAACCUGCCUGAAUCUAUGCAUGAGUAUAAAUUCUUGGCCUAAGUUUUGAUACUAGGCACAGCUGGCUUACCUAGAAAUACAUAUUUUACUUAUAUUUUACCACUUUCUAGAUUUUUAUUUUUGUGGAAUAAACAAGCUUUUAAGCCAGCUAGUAGCAAAAUUAGCUAUUAGGCAAUAUGUGUAUGUGAUUCAGCGAAGAUCAAACCUGAACUUGUAAUUUGAUUUAAAAAUUCAAUUCACAUUCAUAAUCGGUAGUUUAGUUGAGUAAAUCCAAAUAGGCACCUG